AUGAUAGGAAAAGAUGAUAGCUUAGACUCACUGAAGAAGUAGGUGAAAACACUAGAAAAAUAGUUAGCAGACCAAGAAAGGAAGGCAGCUAUGAAUGAUAAAAAGGCAUAGAAGGAGGUAUCAAAAUAUAAAUUAGAUGCUGAGAAAGAGAAAAUUGAAAAAGAGUCUUUAAUCAAAGAAAGGUCUGAAUUAGAAGAUAAGGUGAGAAAGCUCAAUAUAGAACUAAACAAAAGCAGCAAAGAUAAGAAAUCUGAUGAGAAUCAAACUAUAAUCAAUAAUUUAAAGAAAGAAAUUGAAAAGCUUAAUUUGAUGAAACCUUCUCCUGAAAUGCUUGCCAUGUUAGAAAUGUCUGAGGCACCUACUUACCAAGAAUUAUUUAGAAAUUUUUAGAAUCUCUAAAAUGAUAAUAAAAAAUAAGAAGAGGAAAUUGAGAAGUUAAAGAAAGGAGCAAUAGACUCUAUAGUAGAAAAAACAAAUGAACUUUAGCAGAAAGUUAAACAAAUUGAAGAAUUAUAGGAAUUAAAUCAAAGCCUUGAAAGGAGUUUAAAAGAUAAUGAUUAUGAAAAUUAGCAAAUGAGAGAUCAAUUAAGAUCUGUUUAAUCAGAAAAUAAUAAAGCUGAAUUGCUAGAAGAAGAACUUAAAUAGAUCAAGGUUACUCUUUAAUAGAAGGAUGAAUAGCUUGAGAAUUUAAGAUAGGAAGUUGAGAAGUAGUAGUAAAAAUUCUAAGACUAGUUAACCUAGGAGUAAAGCUUAAAAGAAGAAGCAAUCAUAGAAAAAGAAAGAGAAGUUAUUAAAAGUUAUGAAGAAAAGAUGCACGAAAUCGAUAGCUAAUUUAGAAACAAUGAAAAGGAGUUGCUUUAAGAGCUCCGCCAAUGUGAGGAAAAGCUAAAAAACGCUGAGCUUCAAGCCUAAUCUCUUGAGGAAGAGAAGCAAUCUAUUUCAAAAGGAUAGAAAACAUAAUCUGAUAAAAUUGAAUUGAAAUAUCAAUAGAAAAUUAAAGAGUUGGAAGCUUAAAUGGAUGAAACUUAGUCAUAUCACGAAAAAAUUCUAUCUACAACAAAACAACAAUAUGAAAAUAUGAUUUUACAAUAGGAGCAAUCAAUGUAAAAGCAGAUUGAUGAAUUAAACGAGCAAAUUGAAUAGCUACAAAAACACAACAACAGUCAGGAAGGUAAAUCCUAAGAGGCAAAUGAAGCUAUCAAAGCUAAAGAAGAACAAAUAAAGAAACUAGAAGAUUAAAUUAUAGAAAAGCAGGAAUAAUUAGAAACAAAAAUUCAAGAAUAUGAAGCUUAAAUAUUCGAAUUUAACAAAAAGCAUAAAGAAGAAAACAGCUAACUGCUAGCAGAAAUAGAUCGUCUUAAAAUUUAUGAAGAAAAAUUCCAUCAAAAGAAGUAAGCUGCUGAUAGCUUCAAUCAAGAAUUGAAAAAGAUGAUAAGAGAUAGAAGAAGCAGUUCAUCAUUUUCUAUGAAUUCAGACUCAGAUGAGACUAUGGAUGUAAAGGCUGAGUUUGAGAAAAUAAGAAGUGAAUUUGAAAAAGUAGAGCAACUAAAUGAAAAAUAUGAAUAAGAAAUAGCAGAAAAGAAUGCAGAAAUCAGUGCUUUUAGUGAAAUUAUUACUGAAUAGGAAAAAAAAAUUUAGGAGAAGACCAAUUUGAUUAUUUAAAAUGAAAAAGAAAUUGAUUAGUUUAAGGCAGAGAUAGAAUCCUCAGCAAUUAAAUUAAAAGAAAAAGAAGCUAACAUAGAGAAUUUGAAAAGCCAAAUUAAAAAUGCUACUUCAUCCCUUACAGAGUAAAGUGACAAGCAGAUUCUUGAAUUAACAGAGAAGAGCAAGGCAGAAAUAUCUCAUCUUUAAGAUACUCUGACAGCUAAACUACAAGAAAUAAAAUAAUUGAAUGCAAAAAAUACAGAAUUAUAAUAAUAAAAUUAAAACCUUUAAAGUGCUGUUGAUUAAAAUAAGCAUGAAACUGAGUCAUAAUUAAAGAAGGAAUAAAAUUUAUAGUAAUAAAUUAGUCACUUAAAGCAAUUAAUUGAGUAAUCAGAGGCACAACUUAAUGAAAAAAAUGAAUAACUUACUUCAGAAAAAAAUUAAAAUAAAAGCCUUAAAGAACAAGUCAUCAAUGAAAAAUCUUCACAAAACUAAUUAUCAGAUGAAAUAGCUUCUCUAACAGCUUAAAACUGUGACAUGGAAUAAAAGAUUAAGGAAAUGACUGUCAAGGAAUAACAAUUAUUUGAAGAAAGCAAAGAGUUAAGAACCAAGCUCUCUAAUUUAGAAACUAAGAUUUAACAAUCUGAAGAGACUUUGACCAAAAAAAAUGAAGCUUUAGAAAAAAUAAAGCAAGAAAAAAAAUAAAUUUUAAGCGAGACUGAAGGUUUGAAGAGUGAAAUCAGCUAACUUAAGCAAAAUCUUGAAAAAUAAAAGAAUGAGAUUUAAGAAAAAUAAGAACAAGUUAACCGCUUAACAUAAUAAAUUGAGUCUUAAAAGAGUUAAGAAAACGAAAUGAAAUAGAAUCUGAAUAAGUAAAUCUAGGCUCUAUAGUUGAGUUUAUCUAAAGAAGAGGCUAUAAUUAAACAAAAUGAUAGUGAUAUAGCCAAUUUAAAAGAAAAGAUAGCUUAAAAGGAAGAAGAAAAAAAAUAAAUUCAAAAGAAAUUAGCCCAAAAUGAAGGAGUAGAUGUGAAAUAAAUAGAAUUAUUCUAAUCUCAAUUAGAAGAAAAAGAAAACCAAAUUAAUCAACUUAAAGAUCAAAUAUAAGACAUGAAUUUAGAACAAGAGUAAGUAGUUUAUGAGCUAAACAAACAAAUAAAUGCCUUAAAUGUUGAAAUUAAAUAACUAAAUCUAAAGAUUAAUUCAAGCGAAGAGUUGUUCUAACAAGAAAAGAACUAACUUCAAUCUGAAUUAGAAUAUGCAGAAAGUGCUGCAAUUGAAGCUAAAAUGAAUUAUGCAGAAGUUGCUUGUGAAAGAGACUACUAUGAGUGUUGCUACAAAAAUCUAUGCAAAGAGUAUGGAAUCAGUAUUUGA